AGAGUUAGAAAAAAACCCAAAAAAAAAAAAAGACUGAUUUUUCUCAUUUCGGCUGAGUGGAACUGUACCUUUAGCCCUUUUCUACCCUGUUUGUUGUAUUUUCUAUUAAAAAAAACUAUAGAAAUAUAAAAUUAAAUGCAUUUCAAGCAUUGAGUUUAAAAUUUUAGUAUUUUUUCUAAAGGGGGUUGAAUGGUAUGGAAUAGAGAUAAUGGCCUGUGCUAGCAGACAUUUCUACAACCAUAUUCCUCUCAUCUUUCUUUCACAGAUUCUUUCAAUCUUAAAUGUCCAUGAAUCCACUUGUUCUUCAACUACAACAGCAACUUGCAAGGGUAGUGUAAACUUUAAUAAUAGUAAUAGUAUUAAUCUUAUUUUAGCUGUACAAUCUGUUGAUAGAUCUCUAUAGGUUGCUACAGGUGAACUCUGGGGUCAAACCUUAAUACCCACAUGUUUGAUAGUUGUCUUCCUGCUUGAUUUGAGGAAUUUAAGGACUUCUCUCGUAUGAACUAGAUUUCCUGUCAGAUUCUGUUGCCUGUGGGAAGGGGGAAGCUGUCCGAGUUUGUGUUUGAUUUGAUAUCCAAAUUUGGAAUCUUUGUUUUCUGGAAACUUUGGUCUAUUUCUUAUUCUGGACUCUGGUUGGUAGUUAACAAGAUAAAAACAAAUUCUAUUUAGAAUUUGAAACUCAGAAUCUUGAGGGAUUCUUUGAUUCCUUUCUGUGGUUAUUGAGAAAAUUUUCCUUAUCUUCCUUAAUUCUGAGUCUUCUAUUUUGCUUUUCUCAGUUAGUAGGCUAUAGUGCUGGAUAAGGUAGCGUUUUUUUUCUUUCCCUCACGGGUGCAACUCCUUCCAAACAAUCUGUCUUGUAGUCAAGUUGGAGUUUGCGGGGUUUUCCUUCUUAUCCCAAGGUUCUUGAUUUCCUGGUGAUGUUGGAUUUUACUAGACAGUUUCUAUAGAUUUGACAGUGGGUCUCUCUCUUCUAGCUGGAAUUAACAAGGAAGUAAGACCCACUUCAGCCUAGGGGUACUGUUUCCUUAGUUAGCUGGUUAGUCACUGUUUCUUGGAUGAGUCUGCUCCAUGUAUUUGGGUUUGGUUUAAAGGUGGGGCAUCUGCUUUGGAUGUUAUGUUGCUGGAUAGCAUCUAUGAUUUCCAUGAGCUGGUUCAUUAAUGGUGAAUUUAAGGACGCCAAGGCUGCUCUCCUUGGUGAUAGUGGUAGCAAGAUGUGGUUCAAAUGCUGGGAUAAAAUCUCAAGCUAUAGCAUCAAGAUCCACCAUCACUACUGCCAGUAUAUUGGUUCCAAGAGAGUUAGCAAGACUUGGGGGAGAAAGCUCUUGUUUUCUUGGGUAAUUGGUUGGACCGUAGCUUCUAUUUGGAUCUUCUGUUAUAUGUGCUCUCAGGCUACCGAAAAGAGGAAGGAGACACUUGCUAGCAUGUGUGACGAGAGAGCUAGAAUGUUGCAGGAUCAGUUUAAUGUAAGCAUGAACCAUAUUCAGGCUAUGUCCAUUUUGAUCUCAACUUUCCACCAUGGCAAAAACCCCUCUUCUAUUGAUCAGGGGACUUUUGCGAGGUACACGGAACGAACUGCUUUUGAGAGGCCUCUCACAAGUGGUGUGGCAUAUGCUGUAAGGGUGCUCCACUCUGAAAGGGAACAAUUUGAGAAGCAACAGGGCUGGACUAUUAAGAGGAUGGAUACUCUUGAACAAAAUCCGGUUCAUAAGGAUGACUAUAAUCCUGACCUCUUGGAACCGUCGCCAAUUCAGGAAGAAUAUGCUCCUGUUAUCUUUGCUCAGGAUACCAUAUCACAUGUGGUUUCUAUUGAUAUGUUGUCAGGAAAGGAAGAUCGCGAGAAUGUAUUACGUGCAAGAAAAUCAGGAAAAGGAGUGUUAACAGCUCCUUUUAGACUACUCAAAACAAAUCGUCUUGGAGUUAUUUUGACAUUUGCUGUCUACAAAGGGGAUCUUCCCUCAAAUGCAACUCCGAAUGAGAGGAUUCAAGCCACUGAUGGGUUCAAGCUAAAGCCACCAUGGCCUUGGUUAGCAAUAACCACUUCAAUUGGUAUCCUUGUGAUUGCAUUACUUGUUGGGCAUAUAUUCCAUGCAACUGUUAAUCGAAUUGCCAAGGUGGAAGAUGAUUGCCAUAAGAUGAUGGAGCUCAAAAAACAGGCUGAGGCAGCUGAUGUAGCCAAAUCUCAGUUCCUUGCUACUGUUUCCCAUGAGAUCAGAACCCCAAUGAAUGGUGUUCUGGGAAUGUUGCAUAUGCUUAUGGACACAGAUUUAGAUGUUACACAACUAGAUUAUGUCAGAACUGCACAAGCUAGUGGAAAGGCUCUGGUUGCGCUUAUAAAUGAGGUUUUGGAUCAGGCUAAGAUCGAAUCUGGUAGGCUAGAGCUUGAGGAAGUGCAGUUUGAUCUACGAGCAAUCUUGGAUGAUGUGUUGUCACUCUUUUCUGGGAAGUCUCAGGACAAAGGAGUAGAGUUGGCAGUUUACAUCUCUGAUCAAGUGCCUGAGAUGCUAAUUGGUGAUCCUGGGAGAUUCAGACAAAUCAUCACCAAUCUCAUGGGAAACUCAAUUAAAUUCACAGAGAAAGGACACAUCCUUGUUACAGUUCAUCUUGUGGAGGAGGUGAUUGAUUCAAUUGAAGUUGAGACGGAAUCUUCACCAAAGAAUACCUUGAGUGGUUUUCCUGUUGCAGAUAGACGCCAGAGCUGGAAAGCAUUUAGAACUUUCAGUCAAGAAGGAUCUGUGCAUUCUUCCUCUGCCAGCAUUAAUCUUAUCGUAUCAGUUGAAGAUACAGGAGAAGGAAUCCCUCUGCAAGCACAGUCUCGUGUUUUCACCCCUUUUAUGCAAGUGGGCCCUUCUAUUUCCCGAACGCAUGGAGGCACAGGCAUCGGAUUAAGCAUAAGCAAGUAUUUGGUAGGUCUAAUGAAAGGAGAAAUUGGUUUUGUUAGCAUUCCUGGGGUUGGUUCCACCUUUACUUUUACUGCUGUUUUCACCAGUGGCUGCUCUAAUUCAAAGGAGUACAAGAGCCAGCAAAUCAACAACCAGUCUAACUCUGUUUCCUCAGAGUUUCAUGGGAUGAGAGCAUUAGUUAUGGAUACCAGACCUGUCCGUGCCAAGGUUUCAAGAUAUCAUAUCCAACGGCUAGGAAUUCAUGUUGAAGUAGUUUCUGAUUGGAAACAAGGUUUAUCUAGCAUAAGCAAGGGGAAUAAUGCUAUCCAUAUGGUUCUCAUUGAACAGGAAGUUUGGGAUAGGGAUCUAAACAGUUCAGCUCUCUUUAUAAAUAACUCAGAGAAAACAGGUCAUGGUACUCCUCCAAAGGUAUUCCUUUUGUCUAAUUCCAUCAGCUCUUCCAGAGCAAAUACUACCUCUUCUGGUGAUUGUAACUUGACCAUCAUCCCAAAGCCCUUGAGGGCUAGCAUGUUAGCGGCAUCUCUACAGCGGGCCAUGGGUGUUGGGAACAAAGGGAAUCCCUAUAAUGGGGAGUUACCUUGCUCGUCUCUUCGGAAUCUUCUUCUUGGGAGAAAAAUUCUAAUUGUAGAUGACAAUAAUGUGAACCUAAAAGUAGCUGCUUUUGCAUUGAAAAAAUAUGGAGCUGAUGUGGUAAGUGCCACAAGAGGAAUAGAGGCUAUUGAACUGCUUACACCACCUCACCAGUUUGAUGCCUGUUUCAUGGAUAUCCAAAUGCCAGAAAUGGAUGGGUUUGAAGCUACAAGGAGAAUUCGGGUUAUGGAACAGAAUAUCAAUAAUCGUAUUCAAUUUGGAGAAUUAUCAUUGGAAACUUAUAACAAUGAUUCAAAAUGGCAUGUACCCAUUUUGGCUAUGACUGCAGAUGUCAUCCAGGCUACACAUGAGGAAUGCCUACGGUAUGGAAUGGAUGGAUAUGUGUCAAAACCAUUUGAAGCUGAGCAAUUAUACCGUGAAGCUUCACGAUUUUUCCACCAGGCAUCAGAUCAGAAUCUGUUGGAUGACUUCUGUUCAUGACAUCCCAAUGGCUUCAAUAUGAGUGCCUACUCUGGCAUGCAGUGGGAUACUCUUAACAAAUUCUGAUUCUUCCCAAGAGGAAACAUGUUUUGUGGCAGAGUGUAUAUAGAGUGAAUGUUUGCAUAUGGGAUUGAGUUUUCUUGUAUAUUUCGAUGCAGAUAGCGAAGCCUGUUGAUUUUUUUUGCUUGUAAAGUUUUUGUCAGCCUUUCAGCAGGAUAGGUGAAUUGAGAUUUCUGUGCAGUUAAAAACUCUUUGAUUAAAAACAAAACCACUUGGAAAUGGAUGGAAGAAAUCCUAUUCCUCCGAGUGUUUGAUAUAUAGAAAUUCCAUCCUCCUUGUGUUAGUAAUAAAGACUUGGGCAAUUCAAAGAUAUGUUGCUGUUUCUCUGGACAUGAUUCAUUGUCUCAUAAUGACCAAUUCAGUUGAAGGAAUUGAAGAUUUGCUUGUCUCAGCAACAGAGGGGAGAUUGCACCUUGUAAAUUAAGAAAAAUUAUUGAUGUGUUCUUGUAUCAGCUUUUGUUUUUUUUUUUUACUUUUGUUCUAACCAUUCCGUUGAAACAGGAAUCCAUGUAACUAGUAGAUUGACAACAAUGUAUCAGUUUGUUUGAGCAAUCUUACGACUUUUUUUUUUUUCCUAAUAUUUACAAAUUUUCAAAGCCAUUUUAGAUUUAUUUUCCUCAC